AUGUAAUUUAUUUUUCAUUUUUCACAUCUACUUGAAGUUGGUUUUGAAUGGGCCUUUGGAAAAACAAUAAGCAAUAUUUUAAAAGGAGUAGCAGAAAUUACUUUGCCAUUUAGGUUUACAGCAAAUGCAAAUAAAAAAUUAAAAAGGUAAUUGAAUGAUUUAAAAUGUUUAUUUGAAUAUUAAAAAAGAUUAAUUGAUUAAAAUAUAACCAAAAGUAUUUUUGAAAUGAACAUAGCUAUGGUUGGAGUAAUCAAAAAUUUUAAUCAUAUAAAAAAGACAAAAUUUAAAUAAUUAAAGAGCCAUCAUGGCUUUGUUAGAUAAUCACAUUGA